UUCCUCUCAGUGCGUCGGGCAAGAUGAAGACCUGGCCCAGAAAUUACGGGUGGUUUCUUUAUCCGAUCGUGAAAACAAUCUUACGAAUAUAGAAAAGGGAGACAUCAAAAUCAGCAAUGAGGAAUGCAAUCGUAGUCUUUUCGGCAAGGUUAUUGGAGACAGACGAGCUAGUUGGGUUGGGAUCAAACGCUCAAUGACCAACAUUUGGAAGCUGCAACAAGCUUUGGAGAUUAAGGAAUUGGGCCCAAAUUAUUUCCAGUUCAUCUUCCAAAACAAGGAAGAUCUCCUCCGGGUGUCAAAGGGUACCAAUUGGAUCUUUGAUAACCAAUAUUUGAUAUUGGCAGAAUGGAGAAACGACCUAUCUAUCUCUCACAACAUAUUUACUGAGCUCAAUAUCUGGGUACAAGCAUUUAAUGUUCCGCUGAAUUGGCUUAGCACGGAAGUUGGGCUAAAAAUCGGUGGUGUCUUUAAAAAAGUGAACAAUGUUGUUGUUGUAGGUGCUGGCAGUCAUGGAGGGCGUCUGAUGAGAUUACUGGUAACAGUUGAUUUAAAUGAAGCCCUCCCGCGAUGCUCUCGUAUUCGAUUGGAUGACCAAUUGGUAACAGUCGGAUUCAAAUACGAAAAGUUGGUGAACCACUGCCAUUACUGUGGUUUUAUUGGUCACCUGGAACGGAGUUGUCUCAAGAGAUUGGAUGAUAUUCAAUCGAAAAGCUUGACAGAAGGGCAGUUUGGCGAUUGGAUGCGAGCUCCAGAUUUUCUCAAUUGGGCAAACCUUGGUCACUCCACCUCCAGAAACUCACCUCCUUCACAUACUCACUCCACUCCUGUUCCUAGCCAAGCCACCCCUAUAAAUACAUCCACUAGCCACGUUGAAGAUAAUAACCAAAUAAUUCCUGCUCUUGAGGAUUCACCUAUCCAAUCGAGUAUGCCCCAACCAACAUCUGACCAUCCUGCACCCAUGCCCCCAAACCCAUCUAAACCCAGCUCCUCAAAAUCACAACCGCCAGAUAACUCUCUCAUGAUAGUUGAUAACCCAUCAGACCCAAACCUCAAUACCAUGGAUCUUGACUCUACCCAACUACUCAUCACAUAUCCUUCUUCUGACAUACCCAUCACCCAAAAUCUUAUACCAAAAAUAGGGCUGGGUGGGCCCUCUACGGUUUCCCAAUUGCGAGAGUCGAUAAGGACUCACCACCCGAGUUUUACUUUCAUUUCGGAAACCAAAAAUAAAUCCAGUUUUGUUAAAUCGGUAGUUAAAAAGAUGGGCUUUGAUCACAGAUUUGCUAUUGUUGAUCCUCAAGGGCAAAGUGGCGGGUUACUACUUCUUUGGCAAAGUGACAUCACCAUUCUCCAAUCCGUCUCCAAAGAUUUCUACAUUGCUGUUCAAUUCCAGGGAAAGGAUGCAGCAAAGUCUUGGGGAAUCUUUGUUUACCUCAGCUCGGAAAAACAUACCAGAGAACAACAAUGGGCUGAGCUGACCCAAGAUAAAAGCCUCUGGGGUGAUAGUUGGUUUAUCAUUGGCGACUGGAAUGACAUUCGAUUUCCAGAAGACAAGAGAGGAGGCAGAGAUAGAGGGGAGAGGUCCCUUGAAGGUUUCAAUGAUUUUAUUUGCAGUAUGGAAAUGGAAGAAAUCGCAAUGUUGGGAUAUCCAUACACUUGGGCCAAUAACAGGAUCUCUGAGGAGUUCGUUGAGGUAAAACUCGACCGCGCCUUUGCAUCUCUGGAAUGGAUUGAGCAGCAUUCCAAUGCCUCUGUAUUGAAUGUCAUUAGAGGAGCUUCAGAUCAUUCUAUGCUGCUCCUUGAUUAUGGCAAGGCUCAACCAAGGCUUCAGAGAAGAUUUACCUUCGACAAGCGCUGGCUAGAGAUUGAUGGUUGUGCGGAGAUUGUAAAAAAGGCAUGGUCAACCCAUCAUCAGGGAACACCAUUAUUCAUCCUCAAAGAAAAAGUUAAAUGCACCAGAAUUGCACUGCUUCAUUGGAGUUCUCAAUUCCGAAAGCAAAGACUUGGUAGAAUCAAUGAAUUAACUACCCAACUGGAAGCUCUAAAUGAAGAAGGAAGGGACAAAGACUGGGACGCCUGGGACAGAAUUAAAAGAGACCUCAAUGAAGCCCAUCGUCACGAGGAACAAUUCUGGCAGCAAAAGGCUCGACACAAAUGGCUCAAGCACGGGGAUUGCAAUUCCAGUUUCUUUCAUGCUUAUGUUCGACACAGAAGGAAAACAAACUCUAUUUCCAGGCUUGUGGACAGGAGUAAUAUGGUUUAUGAAACUCAUUCUGAAAUCGAAAGCCACGUCACUGCGUUUUACAAAAACCUAUUUGCUUCUGAAGUGCAGUGUCUCCUUUCUGUUUUUGAGAGUUUCAGAUUGUACACGGGGCAAAAGGUGAAUUUGUUCAAAUCAUCAAUAUUCUUCAGCAGAAACUCUCCAGUCGCCUUGCAAGAUAGAAUUUGUAAUCAUCUCCCUGGGAUUAGUAAACACAAUUCAACAAGAUAUCUUGGCCUUCCACUCGGCAUUGGUAAAUCGAAAAAAGAAGCUUUUGAGUAU